AGAAAAAAGAAAAAUAAUUAAAAAAAAACACACCACAGAUUUUCUCUCUCUUCCCUUUUCUCUUUCUCUCUUUCUCUCUCUCUCUGUUCUUUGAUCCAUGGGAGAGGAACUUCAACCUCAUCGACAGAACCCAACCCAGAAGAAGAAAACGAACCUCCCCCUUGAUUAUUGAUUCUUCACUAUCGAUUCAAGGGAUCGAUUCGGCAACAAAUACCCCCAAAACCCCCCAAUGCGGUCUUCUAGAAGACCUCAUAAGGAGAAGAAGAAGAAGAAAAACCCGAACUUUUCAGAUUCCACCACUACCCAGAUUGGGGAAGCCCCGAUCCGAGCCCGAUCUCUCGUUCGCGGAACCGAUUACAUGCUUUGGCGCAUUUGGGUCCUGCGGCGUUGGAUCUGAUGCUGUGGCGCGUUUUGACGCCAUCCCAAACGGUGUCGUUUUCGUUUCUUCCUCUUUCUUCUUAUUUCGUUAUUGUUUCUGCUUCUGCUUCUGCGUUUUGGCGAGAGUGUAGUAGCGUUGGUGCUGCGGUGGGGCUGCAUCAGCAUAGAGGACGAUGCAGCUUCACUUCUCGCCUAGCAUGAGAAGCCUCACGAUAUCGAGCAGCAAUGGGUUCAGUGCAUUGAUGAAGAUCAAGGUCGCGGCUCGCCACAUCUCUUAUCGAACCCUUUUCCACACAAUACUCAUACUCGCAUUCUUGUUGCCCUUUGUCUUCAUUCUCACGGCUCUUGUCACCCUUGAAGGUGUCAACAAGUGCUCCUCAUUUGAUUGUUUAGGUAGGCGGUUGGGACCAAGGCUUCUCGGUAGGGUUGAUGAUUCAGGGAGACUGGUUAGAGAUUUUUACAAGAUUCUUAACGAAGUUAAGACUGGGGAAAUCCCACCUGAUCUAAACCUGCCAGAUUCUUUUGAUCAAUUGGUUGCUGAUAUGAAGAACAAUCAAUAUGAUGCCAAUACUUUUGCAUUUAUGUUAAGGGGAAUGAUGGAGAAAUUUGAGAGAGAAAUCAGAGAGUCUAAAUUUGCAGAGCUAAUGAAUAAGCAUUUUGCAGCAAGUUCUAUUCCUAAAGGGAUCCAUUGUCUCUCUUUGCGUUUGACUGAUGAAUAUUCAUCAAAUGCCCAUGCACGCAAGCAACUGCCUCCCCCAGAGUUGCUUCCUUUAUUGUCCGACAACUCUUACCACCAUUUUAUUCUGUCAACUGAUAACAUCUUGGCUGCUUCAGUAGUUGUCACUUCUACUGUCCAGUCGUCUCUGAAUCCCGAGAAGAUAGUCUUCCAUGUGAUUACUGAUAAGAAAACUUAUGCGGGUAUGCACUCAUGGUUUGCACUAAAUCCUGCCAACCCUGCUAUAGUCGAAGUCAAAGGCGUUCACCAAUUCGAGUGGUUGACUAGAGAAAACAUUCCAGUACUCGAAGCUGUAGAAAAUCAAAAUGGGAUCAGGAAUUACUAUCAUGGGAACCAUGUUGCUGGAGCAAAUCUCAGUGACACCAAUCCGCGUAAAUUUGCAUCUAAACUGCAGGCUAGAAGUCCAAAAUACAUAUCUUUGCUCAACCAUCUGCGUAUAUACUUACCAGAGCUUUUCCCAAACCUCGAUAAGGUGGUCUUUUUGGAUGAUGAUGUGGUGAUUCAGCGUGACUUGUCUCCACUUUGGGAAAUUGACUUACAGGGAAAAGUUAACGGAGCUGUGGAAACUUGCAGAGGUGAUGAUGAGUGGGUAAUGUCUAAGCAUUUCAGAAACUACUUCAAUUUUUCCCAUCCCCUCAUUGCGAAGAAUUUGGAUCCUGAUGAGUGUGCAUGGGCUUAUGGGAUGAAUAUCUUUGAUUUGCGUGCAUGGAGAAAGACAAAUAUAAGAGAGACAUAUCAUUCUUGGCUGCGAGAGAAUCUGAAGUCAAACCUGACAAUGUGGAAGCUUGGAACACUGCCCCCUGCUUUGAUCGCAUUUAAAGGUCAUGUUCACCCGAUUGAUCCGUCUUGGCACAUGCUAGGCUUGGGUUAUCAGAACAAUACCAAUGUUGAGCAUGUUAAAAAGGCUGCUGUCAUUCACUAUAAUGGCCAGUCAAAACCAUGGUUACAAAUUGGCUUUGAACAUCUAAGGCCGUUCUGGACCAAGUAUGUCAAUUAUUCAAAUGAUUUUGUUAGGAACUGUCAUAUCCUGGAAUCGUAAUUCAUCGAUAAGGAGCAAUACGGUUUGUGUACAAAAGUGAAUAUGAAUGGGGCAAGUAAUACAGGUUUCAUCGAAACUUUUUGCAGCUUGAGAUUUUCUUCAAGAUAGAGUUUUGAGAUGACAAAAUAGAAACAUUUGGCUAAGAGAGCGAACCCUAUCAAAAACAUUAUUUUGGGUGGGAUUGCUGCCACCACCCCCUACCAUUUUUGCAGAUACAAAUUUCCAUCCCUGCUGCAUUGGCCUUUGAAUCAGUUUCGAGUCCUUUGAGUUGUGAACUUGUGACAUAGACAUGCGUCCUCUAUUUUUUGUUGGUGAAAGGAUACUAUUAUUGGUCUUCUAUGGGAUUAUAUGUAGCAAAAGAUCCCAUAGUUGAAAAUUGCAGAAUAAACUGAAUGCUGGAGAAGAUUAAAGGAAAAAAGGUCAGAGGCUGGUUUCAUCAAAUAGUUGGUGUUGAAAACAAAAGAAGUGCUAUUAGGACAGUUAAUUUGUGAGCCCUCCUCCAACCCAAUUAGUGUUAGCCUUUUUCCCCUUCAUUUUUUUUAGUUUCUUAAUUUUUGUUAGUACAAAUUUUUACCCUUCACCUAUUUUGUGAUUUGAUAAUCAUGAUGAUGGUGGAAAAUUCUAGAAUUAGUUCUCGAGAUGAUGAUGAUGAUGGCUUUGUUACGGAUCCAUUAAAUUGGGUAACUGUCUGUAGGAUAUAUAUUGUUAUUCGUUGUGUACGAUUACCAGACAUUGGAAAUGUGCAGAAAAUUCUUUAUUCCUCUUC